AUGGCAGACAGAGGUCAGAACUCGGAGAAGGCCAGGAAUGGCACGGUAGCCAAGGAAACGAUGCGGUCGCACAUCUCAAAUAUCGCAUCACCGCCUGGGUCGAAGACGCCACCAAGCAUGCCGACGAAGCGCACGAUGUAUUUUCCAGACAAUUCGGGGAAUCGCCAGCAGGCACAAGAAGGCGCAGAGCCAGUCGAUCCUGGCGCUCUGGCGAGGGCGCUUAGGGAUUAUGAGAAUGCUGGGAGUCGCCGUGAAAGGACACCGACAACUAGUCCGUGUCGGAAACGGCAGCGGGUGUAUGGGGACCGAUUCAUCCCAAACCGUGAUGGUCAAGACUUGCAGGCGACGUAUAGCCUGCUGCAUGAAGAUGGCUGUCCUUCCACUCCGUCAAAAUCUAAGAGACGCGCCCCUCACUCGGAGCUACAUUUCCAAAAGACGGAAGAAGCGAAUCGGACGUUCUCUCGUGUUUUGCGCAGCGAGCUCUUUGGAAAUACAGUCCCACAGCCUGAUAUGCAUUCGGCAUCCCCAGAUCCAUUACUAGGCUUCAGCAAUGGGAUUAACGACAAGACCCGCUCUCAUACACCCCCUCAUGUCGCCGUCAAUCUACCUCCCGCUAGCAUCACCCCCACCACUCCACACAAGAACCUCUUCAACUAUGGACCCACACGGCCCGGCUCAGGACAGCCAACUCCUUCAAAAACACCUCGAAGUAUUCACGCUCCCAACCUGAAUGUCCGCUCAGAACUAUACAGCCUCUCUCCCAUUCGUUAUGACAGCCAACGGAUUCUUGAAACGCCUCGCAAGCAGUCCCGCUACGUCAACAAGGUCCCUUACAAGGUCUUGGAUGCCCCCGAUCUGCAAGAUGACUUUUACCUGAACCUAGUAGACUGGGGAAGCAGCAACGUUCUUGGUGUUGGUUUGGCCAACUCUGUUUACAUGUGGAACUCCCAAUCCGGUCGAGUCACGCGGCUGUGCGAGCUGAAAGACGAUACCGUAACCAGCGUAAGCUGGAUUCAGAGGGGGACACAUCUUGCAAUUGGCACAGGUAAAGGUUUGGUACAAAUCUGGGAUGCCGAGCACUGCCGUCGGCUACGAACCAUGAUUGGACAUACCAACCGCGUUGGUGCUUUAGCUUGGAACGAUCACAUCCUCACCUCAGGUUCCCGGGAUCGUCUCAUCUACCACCGUGAUGUCCGCUCCCCUGAUCAAUAUCUCCGAAAGCUUGCAGGUCACAAGCAGGAGGUUUGUGGAUUGAAGUGGAAUACCGAAGAUGGCCAAUUGGCAUCAGGCGGCAAUGACAACAAGCUGAUGGUCUGGGACAAGUUGAAUGAGACGCCUCUGUAUCGAUUCUCCGACCACAACGCUGCAGUCAAAGCUAUUGCGUGGUCUCCUCACCAACAUCACCUUCUUGCUUCCGGUGGCGGUACAGCUGAUCGCACGAUCAAGUUCUGGAAUACCCAAACUGGUUCAAUGAUUAAGGAAGUCGACACUGGAAGCCAAGUCUGCAACCUUUCCUGGUCCAAAAACUCAGACGAGAUCAUCAGCACGCACGGCUACAGUCAGAAUCAAAUCGUGAUCUGGAAAUACCCGCGCAUGGAACAAAUCGUUUCACUAACCGGUCACACUUUCCGCGUUCUUUAUCUGGCUAUGAGCCCUGACGGUCAGACCGUCGUCACAGGAGCUGGUGAUGAAACACUCAGGUUCUGGAAAAUCUUCGACAGACGGGCUACAAGAGACACUCGUCGCGAAGGCAGCAAGCUAGCAGAAUGGGGCACCAUCCGUUAG